AUGUCGCAUGACAGAGGGCUUGCUCUCAUUACAGCACUGCUGUACGCCACCAUCUUCGGCCACGUGACCACCAUCAUCCAGCAGAUGACCUCAGCCACGGCCAAAUACCACGACAUGCUCAACAACGUGCGCGAGUUCAUGAAGCUGCACGAGGUGCCGAAGGCGCUCUCGGAGCGGGUCAUGGACUACGUCGUCAGCACGUGGGCCAUGACCAAGGGCAUUGACACCAACAAGGUGCUCAACUACUGCCCGAAGGACAUGCGCGCCGACAUCUGCGUGCACCUGAACCGCAAGGUCUUCAACGAGCACCCCGCCUUCCGGCUGGCGUCGGACGGCUGCCUGCGCGCGCUGGCCGUGCACUUCAAUAUGUCGCACAGCGCCCCCGGCGACAUGCUCUUCCACACCGGCGAGAGCAUCGACACGCUCUGCUAUAUCGUGUCCGGCUCGCUCGAGGUCAUCCAGGACGACGAGGUGGUCGCCAUCCUUGGUCAGGGGGAUGUGUUUGGAGACACCUUCUGGAAAGACCCGACCGUAGGCCAGGCGGCGGCCAACGUGCGCGCCCUCACCUAUUGCGACCUGCACACCAUCAAGCGGGACAAGCUGCUGGAGGUGCUCGACUUCUACCACGCCUUCGCCAACUCCUUCGCCAGGAACCUGGUGCUCACCUACAACCUCCGACACCGGGCUCUGGUGCGGGCAGACGUGAAGCAGGUGCACGGCUGGCGAGGUGGUCACCUGAGCUGCCAUCCUGCUGAUCGGCCAUCGGCGGUUGAGCCAGGUCAGGGGGAUGUGUUUGGAGACACCUUCUGGAAAGACCCGACCGUAGGCCAGGCGGCGGCCAACGUGCGCGCCCUCACCUAUUGCGACCUGCACACCAUCAAGCGGGACAAGCUGCUGGAGGUGCUCGACUUCUACCACGCCUUCGCCAACUCCUUCGCCAGGAACCUGGUGCUCACCUACAACCUCCGACACCGGCUGAUCUUCAGGAAGGUGUCAGACGUGAAGAGGGAGCGGGAGCUGGCCGAGCGGCGCAAGAACGAACCGCCGCCCGACAUCAGCCAGGACCACCUGGUCAGGAAGCUGUUCUCUCGCUUCAAAAAGUCCAGUGACAGUGGUCCGGGCGGCAGGGACGUAGAGGCCGGUAAGACUGAGGCCGACAAUGGCGGCGGCGGCGGCGGCGCCACCGUUGCCACCGCUAACAGUGGCGGUGGCAUUCUCACCACUAUCAAGCUGCCCGGCGUCUCCGAGCAGCAGGAGGUCAGCAAGCGCGCCCGAAGCCGCUGGGGCGCGCUCGGCGGCAGCGGCGAGGCCGCCGAGGAGCGGCGCGACAAGAGCAAGGUCAAGUGGGGUCUCAAGCUGACCUCUUCGUCGGAGAGAAAGACGGGUGACCCACCGUCGCCGGCUGAGGGCGACACCUUGCAGCGUCGGCUGGCCACGCCCGAGUCGGGCCCGGCGGCGGUGGCAGCUAAUGUCCCGUCAGCCGACCUCCAGCGGCUGCUGGCCAGCCUGGUGGACUUCAAGGCCGACCUGCAUCUGGAGCUGCAGCGGCUGCACCAGCGGCUCGGCCGGCUGGAGACGACGCUUGCGGACGUGUCGCGACGUGUGCUGACCCGCUCGUCCAGCGAGGGUGCCGCCACGGACGUGUCCAGCGCGCCGGGUCUGGUCGUCUCCAGCGCGGCCGAGCCGGACGGUGAUGGCUCGUCGCUGCUGCAGCGGAUGCUCGAGGACGAGAUUGUGUCGCAGAAGAGCGUGGCGGCGCCGUACCGUGACGGCCGCCCUAGUUCGCCGGACGAGUACCUGUAG